GAGGGGGGGUGAGUAGGCACUGCGGAACCCGCCGCUGGGAGCCAGAGGUGCAGCGUUUCCAGUUACGAUGUUGCCCGUCACGCCCCUGGAGUCGGCCUUGGCGGCUGGGUUUGCUGGUGCAACGCUGGGAGAGGGGCGACCCCUUGCGUCCUCUGAGGAGACAGACGAGGCUCCUGGCAGGUGCAGUAUGAUUUUUUGGAGAAUCUGGAAGGAGUGGAGGGUAAGGAGAGAUCUUUGUUAAAUGUCCAUUGAAACUCAAGGCCAAAUUGCGUGUACAUAUACUCGUUUCUUUGGAAAUUUGGGAAGGAAAUGUGUAAAACUUUUUUUUCAGUUACGGUCUAGGGGAAAAACUUUUAUGAAAGAUAAGGUAGUAGUCAAAGGUAUUUUAGGAAAAAAAUAAAAAAGCGGUCCUUACUAUUUUUCCUAAGAGACAGCUAAUGUGAACAUUUAAGAGUAUCCUUUUUGGCCUGUAGUUAAAUAGCUUCACUUUUCUACACUUUUAAAAUCUUAACUAAGGAUACAAGAGAUAGAAAAUUAAGGUGUAAGGGCUGUUUUUUUUCAAAGUUUUUUAAGUGAUCUCUUGAAUGUUUUAGUAGAAAAGUUUCUUGCCAAAAAAAAAAAAAAAAACGGCAUUUGUUUGCAGUGUUAAGUAUUGUGAAGUGUAAGGGACCAUGGUUAAUCCUCAGAUGUAGCAGAUGAAGUCACAUUAGUAUUCUCCUGUUUUCCUGACACAACUGCUGUACCAUUUGUCUGUACUUUGUGAAAACUAGUGAUCUUUAAACAUGAAUUGUGUACUUUAAAAAUAUAUGUGGAGUUAUGGGUGCAACAGAUACACAAUAACCUUUUUUUAUCUAUUUGGAUUCAUAUCAGCUUCUAGAGAUGACUAACUUUAAUUUAUUUAAGAUAAGAAUGAAAUGCAACUCUUACUUAAAACUCCCAACCAGCAAUGUUUUCAGAGGCAAGGCUUGGCUUUAAGUACAGUGCUAAAUCAAGAACCCAAAUCCAGUUCUUAACUCAUUUCCAGCUCAGCCUUUGCAACUUAGUACAGUCAGUUUCUGAGUUUCAGAUUAUACGCUAAUAAAAUUAAAGGUCAUAUCUACCAUAAUGGUAAUAACCACAAUACCUUACUGGCACAUUAAACUUUCACUUGAAUUAUUCAUUCAGACCCCUAAGUAGUAAUGUGAAGUGCGGGCAUUAAUAUUCCCAUUUUACAGAGAAAGACUCUGAAAAACAGACUAAGUAACUUAUACAAAGCCAUACAACUAGUAGGUAGAAUUUGUCUCCUGCUAGUUACACUACCUGCUGAUCCAUGUCAGAGAGAAAAUGUCAGUUAUGUCAAGUAAUAAAUCUGAUGGUCUCCAGACCAUCAUUUAUCCACUUUGUCUGAGGAAUAAGCUGUUCUGGUUGACUGGAGAUUUUUGGACUGAUACUUACAUUAGCAACCAACGUCAAAAAAUUAAUUAUUUAGUAAUAACAGUAAUAACGUAUACUAAUAGUGAAGCUUGCUAAAUAUAAUAACAUUAUUUGGUUAUUUAGAAGACAUUGUAGGAUCAUAUUAUUCCAGAAGAUUAUUGUUAGAAACAUCAUAUGCCUUUGUAGUAUACACCUAUUAAUUGGAUUUUAAUUGUCUGGAUUCUAGGUACACACAAGUUGUGAAAAGCCAUUGCGUGCAUAAUAAUUACAAAGCUUCCAUUGCACAAUCUGCGAAACUUCUAAAAAUAUUUCAUAAAUAUAUCUGAAAUAAAGGAGUAAGAAUACAGGACAAAUAAUUUUAAUGGUAAAAAAAUAAAAGCCAUCUUAUUAGAAUACUCUGGCCAUUGCUCAUGACAUUGUUUUGGAUGUGGAGCCAUUCUUUGGGAUUCUGAUACACUCUUGGUUUAAAAUGAUUGGAUUAUCUUAAAUUUACCAUCUGUUGGACAACCUAGGACGUCACAGGUAUGAACACAGUCAUCUUGAUAAAGGCUUUCACAGAAGGAAAGGCGUAUUGGUCACAUUUUACUGAUACGAAAGAGACAAAAAUGUCACACCAAAUGCAUCCUAACGUCAGUCAAGGCUGCCAAGGAGGCUGUGCGACGUGUUCAGAUUACAAUGGAUGCUUGUCAUGUAAGCCCAGACUAUUUUUUGUUCUGGAAAGAAUUGGCAUGAAGCAGAUUGGAGUGUGUCUCUCUUCAUGUCCAAGUGGAUAUUAUGGAACUCGAUAUCCAGAUAUAAAUAAAUGUACAAAAUGCAAAGCUGACUGUGAUACUUGUUUCAACAAAAAUUUCUGCACAAAGUGUAAAAAUGGAUUUUACUUACACCUUGGAAAGUGCCUUGACAAUUGCCCAGAAGGGUUGGAAGCCAACAACCAUACCAUGGAGUGCGUCAGUAUUGUGCACUGUGAGGCCAGUGAAUGGAGUCCUUGGAGUCCAUGCAUGAAGAAAGGAAAAACAUGUGGCUUCAAAAGAGGGACUGAAACACGGGUCCGAGAAAUAACACAGCAUCCAUCAGCAAAGGGUAACCUGUGUCCCCCCACCAGUGAGACAAGAAAGUGUACAGUGCAAAGAAAGAAGUGUCAGAAGGGAGAACGAGGAAAAAAAGAAAGGGAGAGGAAAAGAAAAAAACUUAAUAAAGAAGAAAGUAAGGAUGCAAUACCUGAUAACAAAGGUCUGGAACCCAGCAGAGAAACUCCAGAACAACGAGAAAACAAAGACAAACAGCAGCAGAAGAAGCGAAAGGUCCAAGACAAACAACAGAAAUCGUCUGUGGAUCUCUUUUGGGGAUUGAAGUCACCCUAGCUGAAGGCCUCACCAGUGUUUCACAGAGGACACAGCCAGCCCAGGGCAAGAGGAGGCAUCUCUGAGCAAGCAGUACAGGAGCUCAUGGCCCACCUUAACCUUCUGGUGUAAUGGAAGGAUGCAUGAUUGCUCUGCCCACUACACUGCCUAGCCCUCUAAAGAUCAUGCUUCCUGAAGAAUUGGCAAUGAAUCUGGCUUCUGGCUGCCUAUCUCUGGUCACCCCUUUUCCACCAACUGUACUGUUCAUGUAGACUGCUUGCCUUAAUUCGUUUUUCGUUUCUUUUUUUGUCUUCCAAGAUAUAAAAUUUUUGAAUGAUGCA